UUUUUUAUUCUGUUGUUAUAAUAUAUUACCUUAACUUUUUUUUAAUGACAAUAAUAUGAUAAUAAUACGAUUCUGGUAGGUGAUAAUAUAAAUAUAGUGUACCACAGAUAAGAUAAGAUAAAGUUUUAUCUUAUCUGUAAUAGUAACAUGUCUUUUGAAUUUCUAUCAUUAAUAACUUAAUUAUAUAAAUAGUUAGCGGUGAAUUAAUUAUUAAAUGUUACUAAUAAAUUACAUUAAAUUAAUUGUAAUUUUAUGAAAAUGAAUGAAGAAUUGGAGAAAUGCAUUUCUCAAAAUAUUCCAUGGGUUAAACUUCCAAAUUCUCUAAAACAAAAUGUUGGUAAUUCAGUAAAAGAAUAUAAAAAAUGUAUAUCUACCUUCAGUAUUAAAAAUCAAAUACGUUAUAAAGGAAACUUAGUCAAAACUGUGAUAAAAAAUGAGCAAAAUUAUUAUGAGGAUUUAAUGACUUAUAGUAGAGAAAAUUUGAUGCUUUAUCCAUAUCAUUUGUCUGAUGUAAUUGUCAAAGGCUUAAGAAUCACUCCAUUCCAAUUUUAUAUUUCAACAAUUAUUCAUGUUAUGGAAUCAGAUAAAAGCUAUGAUUCUAUACCAAAUUUUACUGCUGUCGAUUGUUUACGGCUAUUAGGAAUUGGACGUAAUGAAUAUAUAGAGUUAAUGAAUCAAUGUAGAUCAAAAAGUAAACUUUUUCGCAAGAAAAAUGAUAUAAAACCAAUGUUACCAGUUCAACCAAUAGAUAUCAAUGUUGAUCCUUGGUGGAUGGUUGAUAUCGGAUGUUUAUAUGAAGAUGAUAUGAAGGCAGUCAAUGAAAAUGAAAAAAAAGUAAUUGAUUUUAUUAUUGAUAAUGGGCAGCAAUUGGCUGGUACAUUAGAUUAUCAUAUAAUUCAAAAUCUUUAUAAAAAAGGACUUGUAUACUUUAAUGUACCUAUAAAUGAUGAUGAUUAUAUUAUAGUGUCAACUCUUGGAGGUUUUGUCAUGAAUAGAGUUCUUGGUGAUAAUUUUGAGAAUCUUCUGUAUAAAAUUUUUGUUUCCAUUGAUGAACAUACAUCAGUUAUUGAGUUGGCAACAGUCUUAGAAAUUGAUUUGGAAUCUGUUAAAAAUGCUGUUUCCUUAUUUUGUCGACUCAAAAUUGCUCAAAAGAAAAACUCAAAGCAAUGUGAAAAUCAUUCUUCAUGGUUAAAAUUUGAAAAUUCAACUAAGUUUAAAACUAAUGAUGUUCAAAAUUUGUUGGCAGAUCAAAAUACGAAAUCUUUUGUAUCAAAUAUUACUAAUAAUCAUGAGUUAUUACCAGAUAAAAAUAUAACAGAAAAAAGAAUGGCUUUCUUAUUUGAUUCUACUCUUACAGCUUUCCUUAUGAUGGGUAACCUUUCCCCAAGUCUUAAAGAUCAUGCAGUUACGUUAUUUGAAGCUGGGAAAUUAACAGAUGAGGGUUUAAAUUCAUUUUUAGAAGAACUUGAUAAAGUAGCUGAGGGCUAUAAUGCUGGUAAUAAUGUCUUUGGAAGUGAAACUCCAAGUGCUGGUGAAAGUGAAGGCGAAGCAAAAAGAUAUUUUGAACAUGCCAUAACACUUAGAAGUACUGUUAAAAGCUUAAGGUCUAAAAAUUGUCUUGGUAAACUUGAUCUCAUUCGAUGGGAAAGUCUUAAGUCAUUAUCUGCUGAUACUUGUGUUAGAUUUUUAAAAAAAAAUUACAACUUAUUAUUAUCUAUGGCACCAUUAAAUAAAGAAACUCCACUUUUAUCUUCUCCAAAAUUGCCACAUAUUGGACCUCCAAUACCUGAAGUGAAUUCAGUUUGGUUUAAACUUUAUUUAUAUCAUAAAACAACAUAUGGACCACCAUCACUAUUAUUAGUUAGAGGAACUCGUUUAUGGAAUGUUCCAAAAAUAUUUAGGCAUUGUUCUAAAGUAAUGGUUACCACUUGGGGGCAUGACUCACACUUUAUUCCUAUUGAAAAUUUAUUAACCAUUAUUAAUGAUACAUUAAAAGAAUCACCAGUACUUAUACAAGCAUGUACACCAACAACCUGUAUCUUGCCAUUUCCAAAAAUUAAUAGUUUGAAAAAUGAUAAUAUUUUGUACAAACAUGAAGCAAUUGAAAAAUUGACAGAAGAAUUGAAUAUUAAUAAUAGUUGUGGUUACAUAACAUGUGUUACUAUGCCAGCUCAACAUGAAAAGAAGUUGUUAUUUGAAGAAACAUCCUCAAAUACACAAACAUUGCAAACUGAUAAUAUAGAAAAUUUAAAUAAAGAAUUAGAUAAGCAAACCAAUAAAUCUUGUUCAAAAAACUUAUUGACAUUAGAGUUAAUUAAUGAUACAUCUAAAUGGACACUUUUAGAUUGUUGUUUUGGAUUGCCUUUAUUUAAUACUGAAGUUAAUCAAUUAAUUUGUUCUUAUGUUGUUGAUAAUCAAUUGUGGAAGGAUGAAAAUGUUGCAAAACUUAUAGAGUCAAAUGAGAUUUUGGCAAAAGACUUGAUGGAAUUUAUAGAAUUAUUUAAAAAUUCUGACAAAGAUCUGGAAGAACUCUUAUCAUAUGACAAGUCAUCUAUAGCAUGGCCUGUAGAUUGUUUAGUGUUUAAGAAUGGAAAAUUAUCGGUCUGGAAAUAACUUUAAAGCUUUUACUAUUGAAAUUUACACAAUUGAAUUUAUAUGAUAAAUGUAUAUAUAUUUUUAUUAAAUUAAAUAUGUUUUGUGAAUAUUGGCUUAUUGUUAAUUUAGUUAAAAUAAAAUAAAUUUUUGUUGUUACUUAACAAAUAA